AGUAAAUGCAGCCUAGUUUCCCCGAAGAAAAAGUAUGCGUUUCCAAUGGGAUCAUUACCAAUGCUCUGAAUUUUGAAGUCUCUUUUGUAUAGUGUAAAAAACACCGAUGGGGGAUCUAUGUGAGUGGAUAUUAAACAGGAAAAAGGACGCACAUCAUUUUGUCGUGCAGGACUACAAAGUUUCUGUGAAGCAGGGCGCAUUUUAAGCUGCUUUUCAUUGUUUUGUUUUUGGCACCAGGGUUGCUUUGACUUUUAACACCGUUGAAAACACACAAUGUCGCUGUCGGAAAAGAAGGAAAAUGCGGGUCAGUGUCCCGCUGCGCCGUCGGAGGAAAACCAAAACGGAUUUGCGCUGAACCCGAGGGCGGUUUGUAAUGUGUGUAAACAUUUGUACCGAGACCCUAAAAUCCUGCCGUGCCUGCACACUUUCUGCGCCGACUGCAUCGGCCAGCUGGAGCCGUUCUCAGUGUCCUCCGGCGGCCCCCGGGCCGGUCCGGAGAAAGAGAGCACGGAGGAGGACACCCGGGCCGCCGUUACCGUUACCGUCCUCUGUCCCGACUGUGACUCCGAGGUGGACCUCCCUCCGUCGGGCGCGGCCGGGCUGACCACCGACCACCUGGCCCUGGACGAGGUCUUCCUGGAGACCCUGGUGUCCGACGGGCCGCUGGGAUGCGACCUGUGCGGUGACGGAGCCGCGGAGAGACGCUGCGAGGUCUGCUGCGUCAACCUGUGCGCGUUCUGCUGCCAGGCGCACAGGCGACAGAAGCGAACAGCGUCCCACAGCGUGCAGUGUCUGCAGGAGCUCAAGACCCAGGGUCGCCUCUCCCGUCCCGUCCUUUGCUCCCUCCAUCCCGGCCAGGAGCUCCGCCUCUUCUGUGAGCCCUGUGACCUGCCCAUGUGCCUGGAGUGCGCCGCCACCCUGCACAGAGACCACCGCUACUGCCCUGCACGGGAUGUCAUCAAUCGCCAUGGCGACCGCAUCCGAGAGCUGGUCUCGGGGCACCUGCGGCCUCGCCUGGAGCGUCUGGAGGAGGCGCUGCAGAAGGUGGAAAUAUCCCAGGAGAGCUUGCAGACGCGAGUGGAGGCAACAAUGGACGAGGUGAGGGCGUUUGCACGAGGCUAUGCCAGCGCUGUGGAGGCACACUGCCUGUCCCUGCUGCACCGCCUGGAGGAGCUGCGAGUCCAACGCAGGAACCAGCUCCACCUGCAGAGGGCGCAGCUGCAGCAGGCCCUGUCAGACGUCCGGGGUGGGGUGGAGUUCGCUGAGAGGCUGCUGACCUGCGGCUCAAACGCAGAGAUCCUCAGCGCCAAGGGGGUGACCCUGAGACGGCUGACCAGCCUAGCGGAGAGCGGCUACGACCCCCGCCUGGCGACUGUCAGCCCCGACGACGCCUGCAGCAUCUGCUUCAUACCCGAGGAGCAAGCAGGGGAGGUGGACGGCUAUCCGGUGGUGGGCGUGAUCCACUCCAAGACACUGGACCUCAACAAGUGCACCAUUGAAGGAGAAGGUCUGCAGCGGGGCAAGGAGGGCCAGCAGGGUCACUUCACCCUGGUGUGCCGCGACUCGGCUGGGGAGCAGAUGGGACGAGGUGGAGAGCAAGUCCUUGUCAGCAUCAUCCACAAGGAGAAAAAAAACUGUGUAGUGGACACGACGGUGGCUGACAACAACGAUGGGUCCUACGGUGUUUCAUACACACCAGUAGAGCCAGGGGCCUACUCUGUCUGGGUUUGUGUCAAAACCCAACAUGUCAAGGGCUCACCGUUCAUCCUGAAUGUGAAGAGGAAGUUCAGGCGUCACCAUGGGACGUUUCACUGCUGCUCCUUCUGCUCCAGUGGAGGAGCCAAAGAGGCUCGCUGUGGCUGUGCAGGAACUAUGCCAGGAGGUUUCAAGGGCUGCGGUCACGGCCACAAGGGUCACCCUGGGAAACCGCACUGGUCUUGCUGCGGCAGCACUAUGGAGAAGUCAGAGUGUUUGCCACAGAGUGUGGUGGCUGCGGUUUCCCCUCGCAGCCACUUAAGAACUGUAGAGCUCUGAUGUUACGGGACACCGGGGCAUCCCAAGAUGAUGCAUCGCAAUUGAGUGUGACAGCAGCCUAGAGGUUAAAGAAGCAGGCCGCUGACAGGAAGGUUGUUGGUUUGAAUCUUGAGCCGACUUAAAAACUUCAAGCAGGGAAAGCGAAUAAAGAUCAAUGUCUUCCCUCAACCGCUCCUGUCAGGUGGCUGAGUGAGAUAAAGCUCCCAUCCAGCUGUAGCUGAAAGGUAAUCUUGCUUUAGCUGGCCCACUCUCCACAAGAAGAGGGGUCUUGAAGAACCUAUUUUUGAGCUUAAAUGGUGCCCCUCUCUAUAGCAGGAGGCUAACAGUUAGCAUUUGGAGCACCCAGCCAGUAUCCAGCACUCAGUAACAAUGAGAGGAAGAUAGCACCACUACUGUCCUAUGUAACAGCUAGGGGGGAAGUGAAAUAAUAUCUCAUUUGGGUAAGCUAUCCCAUCAAGGUUCUCCUCCAUUUAGGUCUAAGGCUUCGUUCAGAUCCUGUAUCAGAGCUGCCAAGUCCGAACACACGUGACAGUAAUUACCUUGCCAAAAUCAGCCUGGCAGCAGUGCAGCCAACUGGAACAGCUGAGUUCACCUGGCUGCACUUCUGACAGUAGAACAGUCGCUGCCGCUGCGCUAUCGACAGAGUUACAUCUACUGAAACCAUUCAUCUCACGUGCUGCCCCACAGCAUGAAUCCACAGGGAGAGCAUGAAGACUUCAUUAAAUCAUUAUUUGGAGAAGCAGGGUUGGAGUCAACAAACAUAUGUUAUAUUGUAUAAAUAUGUCUAUGGUUCAUUUAUUCAUAAAGAAUAGUAAUUGGGGUGGCAUAUUUGGCUAUUUCAUACUUGCAUUUUUCUGCAGUUUUAGUUGAACAUGUUCAUGAACAACUAUCUGUUACCUUUAGCUAUUGUCAAAAUGAAUCAUCUUCUCUAAAUCUUCUUACAUGUAAUGAUAUCAUGUAUAACAUUUGAUUUUGCCCCCACUUCACAGUAACAUCUGACUAGCAGGCCAAACUGUAUUACACAAGACCGUUUGGCAAGUCAUUUGUAGUCAUUUGUGUUUACCCUUCUAUUUCAUGUCAAAAUGGCUGCAAUGGAAAAGAUCUAUUAUAUAAGUCAGCAAUGGAGAAAUCUCCGAAAAUUUGUCCACUUUUUGACAUCAGUUUCACCAGCAAGUUGUAGGGGGAUUUUUGAAUAAGGGAACAUACAGAGCACAGUGGUUGAGCUGAGAGCCGGGCAAAAAAUGUUGGGGCCACUGGGAGGAUUACCCAAGUGACCGCCAUCCACAAAGCCAAAGUAGCGAAAAGGUGGCGUCUAGAAACCUGAGAGAGCUGAACAGCGUGCUCCAAUCAAAAUACACUCAACCUUGACAGCUGAAGAAGGGGAGAGCUUUCCCAGCCAUUCCACUGACAACAUGCAAGUCACAAGCCCGUUUUUUUUUUGUUUGUUUUUUUAACCUCAAGGCUGCUGUGGCUUUAAAGGUGCUUAUAUCCAAUCUUAAAUGUCUAAAGAAUCAAUAGAAUGGAAGUACUGAGACUCACCAGAGCAAUAUAGCCUUUCACUGUUGAUCUUAAUGAUUUUGUACUUCUUUGGUACUCAAAAGAUGAUGCUGAACAAUGUGAACAACACUUUCUGUUUAUCAGUAGGGGGUCACCCGAUGUCCUGCGAAGCAAAUAGCAGGAGCGCUGCAAAUGAGAUAAUCCAUCAUUGUAACAGUUCCCAUUUACAUUAUUGAUGAUUUUAUUUGCGGUGAUCAAGUAUUCCGCUUCCCUGAGUUGAUGCAUAUACAGUGCCAAGUUAAGUACAGUUCACUGAUUAUGAUUUGAUAGGCAUGUGAACCUUAUCUUGCUUAAGGUUGGGUUUUCUGUUCUGUUUUUGUGCAGAGGUAUUAUCGGUCAGAAUAUGAAGCCUCAUGCAAGCAGCUCAUCCUAAAUAUGACCUGAAUUGAGAACCGAAAAGCACUGAGCUGGAAUAUGAUACACCUGUAAACACACUUGGACACUACUUAGAAUGUGAAACAUAAUCUUAUUUUUCCAACAACCUCCAUUAUGCCUUGUGGUCUGUGCACAUAAUGAUUUUAAAUGUCAAUCAUGAAUGCCUGUCUGCGUCUUCCAAGAGAAGAAAGUCACAGAACCUGCACAAAAAAACGAUUGUUUUUUCUUCCACUUUCAUUUGCUACCCACCACACCAAGCCUUCUGGGGAAGAGGGCUUUAUUUGAGAAACACUGUGACCUAGAAGGUACAGUUACGCUCCUUUUAGAAUACUAAGUUUUUCCUCUCCAGAGGCAGUGUCACAAUACUGACUUAAAAAGCACAAACUUGAAAGUCACAUGGAGUCACUCGAUGCCUUUUGUCUUUUUUCUGUAACCUGAAUAUGCCUUAUCUCGGGUGUGACUGCAGGUAGAUCUUCUAGGGCUUAAACGACUUCACUGUACCGGGGCUGUUUUUGUAUGGUUUAACUUUAGAAAUCUAUGGUUUGCAAAGAUUAAUCUUAAAAUAGACCUAUGCAAGUGCCUAUCAGGAAUAAGCUUUCUUAUUUCGUGGUCCAAGAUUUUCAUAGUGACAUUUAACUAAUAAGCUUUCCUAUUACGGACUAUCUUGUAGCUAUUUUCAUGUUUCAGCAUAUUUCCUCCGCACAUGCACUGUGCAGUCGUCUGCGGUCUUCCUAUGAAACUUGUUCAAAUGUUUUAAUAUUACCGAGUAGAACUGUAUUUGCUUAUACUGCCACCAGUGUUGACUGAAAUAUUUGUGUCUGUAAUAUGAAAUAAAUACAUCAU